AGUUAGAAAUUUCGGAAAGUCCCUCAAGUAAGCGAUAUAAAUAGCAUGUAUUGAUCAAGACAGUCUUAGCUACUUCCGAUAUUAGCAUGGCCGCUUCGACAGGGCAUCCCAUUUGUUGGGAAUAUGAUAUUCCCUUGGACACUUUUCCAACUGUGAAAAACAUUUAUCGUGAACUCACAGAAGACUUUUUGUUUUUGACUCGGAAGCUGAGAGAAACGGAUUCUCCUGCAAGAAAUAUACCUGACAAACUGUUAAAGGUUCAAUCGAAAUUGAAACUGCUCGUUUUCUCUGAGGAUACAGAACAGAUUACUAACUUCUUAUCGUGGAAUCGAUUUCAUUCAAGUGACUGUCAAAAUCAUUUUGAAAUGGAUAGUGUUGAGAAAACUGCAGCGCAUGCACAAAAAGAAAAUGUCCUAGUCAUACCGAUUAUCCUAUUAAAUGAAAAUGACAUAGGAAAGAAAGAGGCAAUUAUUGAUGGAAUGUUCCAGUCGGGUGCACAUAUAUCACCUUUUUUGAAAGUUGCCACAACUGUUCUGACAUUUCGGCCGAGUUCAAGGUUCGCGUUUCAAAGGAUUUUGGACACUUUGAGAAAGACUCGUCCAUGUCUUGACUUUAUUUUUGCUGAGAAAGAUGCAAUGUUUAGAGGGUUUUUAUCAAGAAAAAUUCUAAACUGGUUAGUUCAACGAUGUGAAAGAAUAAUCGAAGCACUUCAAAUGGUACUCCAGGUACUGAAAAAGGUCCCAUCACUUCAUGAAGUCGACGACAGUUUGAAUAACACUUUAAGUCACAAAGGCUGGUCAGAUGGUUUUGUGAAAAACUUUACGUUUGUGGACGAGAAUAAAAAAAUCAUUCCGAUGCGUUUUGCUUACAAUGUUGCCUCGUCCGAAGAAGGUCAGUCGUACGCCAGGCAGCUGCGUGACCAUGCAAUCCAUGUAUUGAGCAAAGAAACAAUCCGACUAAGCUUCAGCGAACUUGGAGCUAUGGGAGAGGAAAGUUGUUUUCUGGAAUAUUUGAUGACGUACUUCCAGAGCUUAAUGACGGGGAUGAUUAUACCUAGGGUAGAAAUCUACAUUCUAAAGUCGAGAUCAGUGAGAGUUCUAACAAAUAUAAACUCAGUUGAAUGGAGAUACCAUGCAGUCAACAGUGUUGUAAAACAAGUAGGAAACGAAUGGCAAGAUUGCAUAAGAGAUUUCAUAUACGACGAAAUAAGGAAAUUAGCUGUAGUCGCCGGGAUCCUAACAGAGCUUAUUCCAAAGUUGCAAGCGAUAAUACGAAAAUCUACAGUGCAUGAUGAAGUACCAUACGAAGUCCAGAUUCGUUUAUCAAGAGUUCCUGGAGUGAGAUCCUUUGGAAUAGAGGAGAAGACAUUUACGGUGUACGUAGAAUCUCCAUACUUGGAAGAUGACGACAUUUUUACCCGCAUAAGUGAAGCUGUGGCCUCGAACUACAAAAUCGAUAGAUCUUGUCUACAUGAAUGGAAAGAACCAACAUUUCACCACCGCACCGGGGAUUUAAUAAAGGGAGAAGGGUGUCAGUGUGGCAUGAUCACUGUUUUCGCAGAAAGACUGGGUUCCUCAGGUGAAGGGUCACAGUCGACGGGCUCCUUGUAUUUUCUUACUUGUGAGCACGUGGCACCUAAGAAGGAAAUGCGCGUUUUCUUCUCAAGAUGCAGGAAAUGUGAAAACUCUUCAACGUGUUCUUGUGAGAGAGAAGAACUGGGAAUCAAUAUGUAUCCUUUCGGCAUUCGUAAGGAAAACCCUUUUGAUGCAGUUGUUGAUAUAACGUGUGGAAUUGUUCAUAAGGGAGCGUCAGUUCUCUGUGAUAAAAAUGUACGAGGUCCCCAUUCCAAACUUUCUGAAAUGGUAGAUUUCAGCAGAACAAUAGAAGAACAUACGGGAAAAACAGUUCUGAAAUGGGACUGCGAUGAGCAAGAGCAAAAAGGCAUAUACUGUGGUGUACAAUACAUCACACUUCCCGAUGAGAAACCAUGUAAUGCUGUUGACAGUUGUUUUGGAAAUGGGCCGAAACGCGUUGAUAUAAUCAGAUCUUUCUCUGGAAGUGAUUUUGGAAAAGAAGGCGAAAGCGGCGCAUUGACUUUUCUUUUGGAGGAGCGAGCUGGCUUGUCGGAUUUAAUGUCUCCUGCUUUUGUUUACUUGGGCCAGUGGGCUCAAACAGUUGAUAAAUUCAUGUGUUUCAGACUACAGGAAGGACUUGAGUGUUUAGCGAUGGAACAUAAUCUGAGACUGAGACUCUGUCUAGAAAAUUCCAGAAACACACAGUCCACAUUCCAGUCACACGCACUGAAAAGAAAGCAUUGUGUAAAAUGAUAUAAAGCUUUGAUUUCUGGUGAUGAAAUCUAAGAUCGAUAACUUACACUCAUCUGUUUCAACGAUUUGAAGUGGUACUGUGAAUUGUGUAUGUGUACUCUAUUUCCGCGAAAAUACACCGGAUCAUUGUGUGCAUAUAAAUACAUGUUUUGUCACCGUCUGUGAAACACCGAGGAAUGACUCAUAAUUCUUGAUGGUCCCCAAUUUAUCACUGGAAUAAAAUAUCAACCGGACCAUUGAAAACCAAUGGAAAGCAAUUGACAAGGCACUGUAGCUUUUGCCUAUGGUAUCAUUCACAAUUAUUUAUUUCGCCGAUAAACAAUUUUGGAAGUAUCUGUGGUCAUGAAUAAUAACCAAUAUUGCUUUUUGCGAACAUAGGCUCAUAUCAUAGCUGCCACAAGUAAAAUUUGCGUGUGUUUAUCUACAUGGUAUGUUGAAAUUAAUAUUUCAUAAUGCGGAAGAAUUUAUCGGAGGACGGAGAAAACAGAAGAAUGUGGGAAAUAAUUCAUUGUGGCUAAGACAUUUUAUUGAUGAGGCAACUUGUGAGCAGCAUUGACAGUGUAUCCUUUUGUGUAGGAAAUGGUUGUUCACAGUCAAGUUACAUGUACAUGUCCGCAAUAUGAGAAUAAAUUUAUAGUAUUAUCGCCACUACUAGACACAGGUAUAGCCACUACACGUAUGUUGGUAUAAUUGUCAUUUGUUGUUGUUCUUUGAUAUACUCAUUACUACAUGAAUAUUUCUCUCUCUUUUUACUUUUCUGAAUUGUUGUUACAAGAAGAGUUAUAAUGCAUUUUUAGUGGCAAAUUCGUAGUUUUAAUUUGAGGUAGUUUUAAUAUGAGUUAUUGAAUAUUAUGUAUUUAUUAUCUGUGAACAGGUUUACAUAUAUCAACUGGAGAGGCCGUAUGUAAACGGCGUUUAAUUUCAGUGGAGAGAAAGCUGUAUGUUUUUUCUGUUUUACCUCAGAUUACCGUAAGUUAUUACCAAGAAAAAAAGCGUAGGUACAUUCUAGUUAUUCUAGGUACAUUAUAGUUAUUCUAGGCACAUUAUACAUUAUAGUUAUUUUAGGUGCAUUAUAGUUAUUCUAGGCACAUUAUACAUUAUAGUUAUUUUAGGUGCAUUAUAGUUAUUCUAGGUGCUCUAAACAUGUCCCUGACCUGGAACCUGAAACAUAUAUCAAAUAUAUAACGUGUUUGUUUUUACUCCAAAAUGUUCCAGAAUCGUACGCAACACAGUAAGAACCAAACUUUAAUAUUCCAAAGUUUUAUUGUAUACAAUGGUAGUGAUUUGCAAAUCAUAUGUGAACGAAGAGUGAUCAAUCUCAUAACUCCUAUAAGCAAUACAAAAUAGAUAGUUGAGCAAACACGGACCCCUGGACACACCAGAGGUGGGAUCAGGUGCCUAGGAGUAAGCAUCCCCUGUCGACCGGUCACACCCGCCGUGAGCCCUAUAUCCUGAUCAGGUAAACGGAGUUAUCCAUAGUCAAAAUCAGUGUGCCAAAGAACGGUGUAUAUAUUCCAAUAUGCAUUUCUACUCGGAGGAGUGCUAGUACUUCAAUUGUAUCUCUAAAGCAUGUGUACAUGUAUAUUGCAAUAGUACUUGCCUUUUCCUGACUAUAGCAUUCUAUCGAUCGAUAGAUUGGCAGGGGCAAAAUUUAAAAAAAAUUGUUUGCCAUUUCCCGACUGAUUGAAACAAGUCCCCGACUCAAAAGAUUUAAGUUACUUUUUAUUACGAUUUUGUCAACCGAUUUAGAGCUCUUUUGGAGUAACAGCUGAAUAUUAGAUGUAACUUUAAUUAACUCCCAGAACAGGAGGUCAAUUAACGAUAGUUCAAAUGAGGCCCUUUUCAUGUAUUCAUGCAUUUUUGUAAACAAUAUUUUACCAUGAAUACAUGUAGAAAUAUACAAAUGAUCAUGCAGUACACAUUACAUAACCAUUAAAUGUUAAAGUUAUUACGUUUAUUGUGUUCGGAAUACUCAACGAGUAUCUAUAGUCAAACUGAAAAACGCCGUGAGCACGUUGUGAAUUUUUUAAAAUAUAGAUAUUACAGAUUUACAUGUAACGCUUAUAUUUACAAUAUAUUUAGAUGUGAUUUUUGAAACUAGUCAACAAGAUGUCAACUCAUUGUUUCAUUGUAAUAUUUUGAUUGCAGUUCUAGUUGUUAAAUGAACCACACCAUAUUAAAAUCAAUAAUUUCAUAUUGAAAUGUACAUAUAGAUAUGUAGAUAUUCCGAUGUAAAUACACAUCAACUCUCUCGUUUCAAUACCUAACAUACUUGUUCAUAAUGGCAGCUUUAUUUUCGCUACACUAUCAAAUCACUUUACCACAAAAAAAAUGUUGGAACAGAAGGGAUUAGUUAAGGUAGAGUACUCUGGAAUGGAUGACAACAAGAAUCAAAUCCGUCCAUGUUCGGGGAUUAUUGUUUGAUGACAUCAGAGCGACUCCCUUAACUACACCCUAAUUGUGUGUAUAUCCGUAAACAACACACAUUUGAUUUCUAGGACAUAACUUUAAUAAUAAAUCUAAGAACCAAAUUUAACCAUACAUAUCUUGAGAUGGGAACAUAUAUUUUGGAAUUUCCCAUGAAACACGAAAUAAGUUCCCAUACACAACAUAUACCAAUAGUCCAUGGAUUAACUAAUUUAGAUGAAAAUAUCAUUAACGUCAAUCAUUGACAGCGUUUCCGAAAGUGUGAAACAUUGCAAGUCUGUUGAGGGAAGUUUUACGCAGUAAAUUGAAAAUGAUCAAUUCAGGACCCCCCCCCCCCCCCCCGAAAGACACAACAUAAUGCUAAAUUUAAUAAUAUACACUGUAGACCUAUGCACAAUAACUCGUACUUCCCAAACAAAGUUCGGAUAUAUAGUUAUCCUCGUUCGUUCGUCUGACUGUCAUACUUUCUUGUCAUUGGGGCUCUUACUCUAAGAGCGAAACAUUCUUAUUGCGUAUGAUUAUAUAUAAACAUGUACAAUGAGGAUUCGAGAAAAAAAAGGUUUCUAGCUGGGGGAGUGGGUGGAAACUGCCUUCAAAAAUGUAAUUCAUUCCUUAUAGGUCGAUCGAUAGUAGCGAUCCUUGUAUGGGUACACUCAAUCAGACCCGAUUCAGAUGCAGUUGACCAAUACUUUCUGGAUGAGUGACAAAGUUUAAAUUCUCGGGGUGAGGGGGUGAGAGGGGCAGCUUCAAUCGUUGUUAAUUUUACAGUGAUGAACCUAAUAUGCGGGAUAGAUGUAAAUCACGUUCAAGAGUAGUGACUACAGUUCCAUCAGACAUACAUUACAUGUUGCAAUUAAUCUGUAUAUUUUCAAGAAGAGUGACACUAUGUUGGCUAAAUAGAAUUCCACGUACCAACAUUGAUCAAGUUUACACCGAUUAUACCUGUAAAAUUGCGUGUAGUGAGAUUGACUAGCUUUUUAUGUGUGAUAGGAGGCAAGCGGUGUUACAUGUAUUAUUUAAGUGACAUUUAUAGUUUACACGGAUUAUACCUGUAAAAUUGCGUGUAGUGAGAUUGACUAGCUUUUUAUGUGUGAUAGGAGGCAAGCGGUGUUACAUGUAUUAUUUAAGUGACAUUUAUAGUUUUCAAUACAAAUAUAUGCAUUGUCUGGGUUGCAAUAGGAACAAAAACAGGAUCCGUUGGAGACUAUAACGUUUCAUAGAUAAAGCAGUGUGUUGUUUCGGAUUUUCAAAAAAACCCAACUGAAACAGUGUUAAGCUUCUAACCUAUCUGCAUUUAUACACGUACCAGAAAUCAUUACGUGAUCUGAAAUAUAUAUGAAGAAAUAGCACUGACCACGUGAAAAGAAAAUUACUAUGAUAACAAUUUGUAAAGGAAUUAUUUUUACGAAAAUGUCUAGCUUAAAAUGUUUUUGUUUCCUCUUUCCAACCCACCAUUUUGACUAAAAUGGGUAGGAAAAUAUGUUUUUUCUGUUUAUUCUUAAAGUAAAAAGAAAUAUUGAAUAGAUCUAGUAUGUUUUAACGAUGAAUUCACUUUUACAAUUUUUAUGAAAUAAAGCAUGUUCUACCAAGAAUGUGCUUUCGAAGAUACAUUUCAUGACAAAUAUAUAUGUACUUGUUCGUUUUUCAUUUGUUCAAUGUACACGAGCCUGUAGGGUUUUCAAUGUAGGCCCACAUAAUAUUAUAUGUCCUGUUUAAACCCUUUUUGUUACUUCUGAUUGUUAUUGUGGAAGCAUACACAAAUUUAUCUAUUAAUUUGUGUACUAAAUAUUCAUGAAUAUUUUAUGGUGUUCUUUUCAUUUAAGAAUUUAAUGUGAUUGAUAUACUUGUAUGUUUUCUGUAGACAAUAUAUGAUCUGAAAUAAACAUAUAGCAGGAAGUAGUUUGUUGCCUGAAUUCACUUAAUUAUGAAAUUCAAUUAAUAUUCAUUGAAAAUAAAACAUCUCACACAAUCA